AUGCAUAGGCAAGAGGAGAAGAAGAUGAAAUUGAAGAAAGGGCAAGAGGAGGAGGAGAUGAAAUUGAAGAAAGGGUGCGUGACAGUCCAGGUGGGAUUAGAAAAUGGUCUGUUCCAAAGAUUUGUCAUCUCAAUUUCGUACCUACACGAUCCUCUCUUUCAAAGGCUUGAGUUCUAUGACUACGAUACAACUAGACCACUUAUGCUACCAUGUUCAGUCGAGGAUUUUGUUCACCUUCAACGACAUAUAGAAAUGGGUGUCACUAAGCACAGUCAUGGUCAGCGCCACUGCCACCGUACUUCAACCUUGUCGUAUUAG